AUGGCUAUCCUCAAUCAGCUUUCGAAUGGCGUUUUGUUAGCUGCCCACCAUCCGCGUCAGUCUUAUGCUGACAAGUCAAGGUUAUUCCAGCUCUUCAGAAUCAAUAUUCUCUAUUCGUUCCUGAACUACCUGGUUAUGGAAUUAGUUCACCUUCCAAAGACAACACGCGGAUUGGAAUUGCUGGUGCCUUGGUUGAAGAGCAACAAGGACUCUCCUCGAAACGUCAUAGCUGUGGGACAUGACAGAGGGGGACGUAUCGUUCAUCGAUUGGCCGUUUCGAAGUCAAACUUUCCUCAAAUCAAUCUACUAGGAGCAGCUAUGUUCGAUAUUGUGCCUACCAAAGCACAGUGGGACGAGUUCAAGAAUCCUGCCAUCUGUCAAGGCUAUUUCCACUGGCCCCUACUCGCCAAUGUCGAUUCUGCUGUCCAAAUGAUCUCUAAGUACGGUGGUGGUCAAUGGGCGAGGGACGCUCACAAACGCAUCAGUGGGGGCGAGGCUGACUUGCAAACUAUCUCAAAGGAUGGAGCACUCGAUGUGUACGCUGCAUGUUUUGAGAAAGAAGAGACACUGAGGUACAGCUGUGAAGACUAUGCGUAUGGCGCUGCACCAGAAUAUCAAGAUCAAAAAGCCGACCAAGAAGCUGGUCGCAAGGUCGAUGUUCCAUCCCUUAUCAUGUGGUCCAAAGCCAAGCUCGGUGCGAGAAUCGAUGUGGCAGGUACUUGGAAAGAAUGGAUUGCUCCUGGAGCUGAUCAUACAGCUAUUGGUGUUGGUGAUGGUCAUGGUCACUACUUGCCCGAGGAAGCCUCGAAAGAAGUUAUUGAAGCGACAACGAACUUCAUCAAGAAACUGACGAAAUAG